GCUUGGACACAAUUCAAAUCGCUGACGUCAAGACCAUGGCCCCAGCGGAUGUGUAUCGUGUGUUUGUGAGCAAGGACUACAUGAAGUUCAAUGCCGCGCAUUUCAUCGCGUUCAAGGGCUUCCGCGAACGAUUGCACGGACACAACUAUCGCAUGUCCGUUACCAUCACUGGAGAUCGCAUUGGACACGACGGAUACCUCGUGGACUUUGGCGACAUCAAGAAGGUUGCCCGUGAAGUUUGUCGCGAACUCAACGAACAUUUCCUCGUGCCAUUGAAGAGCGACGUGUUGAAGAUUGACGUAAACGCCGAGACAGUACAGUUGGUCACUGAAGACGGCAAGUCAUUCAGCUUCCCUCGAGGGGAUUGUGCGCUGCUUCCGAUUGUUCAUUCCAGUGCGGAAGAAUUGGCGCGUUACUUGGUAGAAACGAAAGCGAAUAUGAUUGCCAGGUGUUGGGACUCAUGGUAUAUAUUCUUGUAGAUGGACGUGCUGCUGGAACGAUUUACGAUGGCGCAAAUGAAGGCACGUCACGCCACCAAGAUCCAAGUGUCCAUUGCCGAAGCGGAGAACCAACUCGCAUCUGUCGAUCGAACACUCGAUUACGGCGACCUUAGUCCGUAACUUCAUCAUAGAGGCAUAAUAAUGCUAGAUUCUCUCCAGCGUCCAUCCCGCAUACUCGGACGAACGUGUCGCUUCACUUCUUCGCGGCGUCCUACUAGGAAGGAUCUCCAUUCUCCGUAUUUCAAAAGGGUGUGGGAUGAAGAUCCGGAUACGCAGUGGGAAAUCCGGAUAACCCACCACCGAGACAAUA